UGUUUUCCCUCGGAACGGGAUAGGAUUGUCCGUGAUUUUGCGCCCAUGUAUCAACGAUCAACGGAAAAAAAUCGAGUCUGAAAAAGCUGUCUUCAAAUGACACACUCUUUGGCAAUGGCUUCAGCAAUUUCUACUUCCACAGUGUCAUGUCCAAUGGCAUCUACGAGCUCAAGGCCAGCGAUAUGUGCACUUUCGUCUUCCGCUAUUUCACAUUCUAAAACCAUAAAUUUCCAUCUUUCUUCAUGGUCAUCUCCACUGGAUCGACGCCUUAUCUCGCCCUGGAAUGGUCUAAAGCAUCUGGGCAUCUCAACUAAACCAAAAUCUCUCCGUACUGGUAAAAACUCUCAUGCAGAGUUGUGGUUUCCAGGCAGAAGGGCUAAGGGCAAGGUGAUUUAUGCAUCUCUUUUCGGGGUUGGAGCGCCUGAAGCUCUGGUAAUUGGGGUCGUGGCUUUGUUGGUGUUUGGUCCUAAAGGUCUUGCUGAGGUUGCACGGAAUCUGGGGAAAACAUUGCGAGCAUUUCAACCCACCAUUAAAGAGCUUCAGGAAGUUUCAAAUGAAUUCAAGAGCACACUUGAACGGGAGAUUGGUCUUGAUGACAUUUCAAGUCCAACACAGAAUAUGUAUAGAUCGAAUAUGCCCAACAAUAACACUAGCUCAAAUCCAUCAUCCACUGUUGAUACCAAUAAUUCUCAAGUUGCAGUUGAUGCCAAUCCAAAUAGAGCAUACAGCACAGAGGAGUACCUUAAGAUUACAGAAGAGCAGUUAAGAGCAUCUUCUGCCUUACAACAGGAAGCACAGAAUCCCCCUCCUUCAGAACAAGGUCAGAAUCAAUCUCCAAUCCAGCCUCCUGAUGCUAAGGAAUCAGCCGUUGCUGAGCCGCCACCCCAGAAGCCUAAAACCGAGACAUAGCUUCUUGAUAAGGAGUAGAACAAUCUCUUCAUCCGAUGUUCUAAUGAUCAGUCUAGUAUCCUGAAUGUGGGUACUAUUCCUGGAAUAUGUAGUGGAUGGAUCAGAAAUGACAAGGGUCACUCAAUUUUGCUUUAUUUUUGUUGAGUAAUUAAAUUAAAUUCUCUACAAUUAUACAAUCAAACAUUUGAAGAAAGAGUAGCCCAGAUGUAUGCACUGUGCAAUUACCCUGGGGUCUACUUAUUGUCUUUCCACCUUUUUUUUUUUUGGGUUCUAUUUAUUUCUUUUUGAACAUAUUAUGUGCAGUCUGUCUAUGGUACUAGAGUACUUAGAAAUGUGAAAAUAGAAGAAACCCAUUAUGUGGUAAAUUGUUUCUUGUUGAAUUCACCGCAGUGAAUCAUUUAGUAAUCUUCAUCCUCUUCCUUAA